AUGCCUGAGUGUGUACCGUGCCCAGCGGCGGCACCUUGUAUGCCCACAGCUGGGGUUAAAUGUGGACCAAAAGAUGGGAAGCCUAUGGACGGGCGACAGGAACACUCCUGCCCCUGUCGGUCUUGCUGUUGUGGGAAGCCUGCCGCCGUUAAACCAUGCUACAAGCAACCCAGGAUCCCUGAUUCGUACGCUCCCCGCCGCUGCUACAUGAAGCCAAGCGCGCCAGUUGAAUCUUGCACCACAUACAAGCUCUCUUAUUUGCCUGUUGAUGGAUGUCAGAACUUGAGAGGCGUCGCUCGCAAGCCACCACCGAACCUUGUACCUAGCUGUGAACCCAUGGAGGCUUGCACGGUUCAAAAGAUGUCCUUCUUGCCAAAUCCCGUGUGCGUCACACAACCCAUACGGCCAUGUCAUCACGACAUGUGGGGUCAAGGACCGAUGCAGAACAUUACAACACAAAGACACGACUAUGUGCCCAAGCCGUGCGUACUUCGCGAGAGUUGCAAGCCACCAGCGAAAUUCCAUUGUGUUGAACAGCCGUUUGAAAAUCGAACUGUAAACAAGCUAUCUUACUUGCCGCCUGAGAAGAUUGAAUUGGUCAAAUCAUACGCCCCGGAGCGUUGUUACGAAAAACCAGCGGCUAAAAUGGAUGGCAGUACUACACAUAAAUUGAGCUACAUGCCUAAUCAGAUCAUGCCAAAGGAGCCUCUGCCUUGGGCCUGUAAAGGACAAUAUCAAAAGCCCUGUCAGAAGUUGGAGGGAAACACGACUUAUACAAUGAGUUAUUUGGAUUCACAAAGUGAUUGUCGAAGGCGAGCCAUUAUACCAGAUAGCUGCACCAAUCCCGUAACUGCUUCGAAGAGAUUUGAAACGCAGACUAUCUAUAAGAACAGUUAUCUUCCAACAACGGCUCCCAUUCCUCAUCCUAUAAAGCCUCUCCCAAAUCUUGUCCCCUCCACAGCGCAAAUGGAAGGCGAUACAGUUCAAAAGCUAUCCUUCUUGCCAAAUCCCGUGUGCGUCACACAACCCAUACGGCCAUGUCAUCACGACAUGUGGGGUCAAGGACCGAUGCAGAAUAUCACAACACAACGACACGACUUUGUACCCAAGCCGACUGUACUGCGGGAAUCUUUCAAACCAGCGCAUAAAUUCCAUUGUGUAGAACAGCCGUUUGAAAAUCGAACAGUAAAUCGGAUGUCGUAUUUAGACCCGGGAAGGCAACCGCCUCCAGAAUCGUAUGCUCCUAGCAGAUGUUAUGAAAAACCUGCAGCCAAAAUGGAAAGCGACACGAUACAGAAGAUGUCUUAUCAAGCGGUGUGCGCACCAGCACCCCAACGGCCGCCAUGGGCUUGCAAAGGGCAGUACCAAAAGCCCUGCCAAAAGUUGGAAGGCACCACAGUAUACCGAUCGUCAUUCCUACCUCCCGGCGAAGAUUGCACAGAGUAUAUGGACCCGUGUUCUUAUGGCGACUGUAAACCCUGUAAUUGUGUCUGUCCCGCUCAAUGCAUCGCUACCGACCCUUGUGCCUGUAACUUUCCCAGAGCUGAAUGUUGUACGUAA